CUCAACACUAGAAUCUGGUUCUCUCUGUUUUCGUGUUCUUCUCUGGAAACACGGGAGAAGAACAAGAUGCAAGAGAACCACAACACAUAAUGCAUUUCGAUAAUGGCAUAGACGUCACGUUGCAUGGCCAGAAUUAAUAAGCUUCAUUAGAUUAAAUCUUUCUUCUUCCUUAGAUUUUCAAAAAAGGUUAAUCUGAUGGGAAAUUGCUUAGAAAAUCGUUGCAAGAUUGAUGACACUUUGAACUCCCAAUCCUGUUCUUCUGAUGUUACCAAAGGUCAUAGAAGCACCCAUUUGUUGGCUCAUUCAAGUCCAACACCAUAUGGACACUGUGAUGAGGGUAAACCCGAGAUUCUCCCCACUCCAAGAUCUGAAGGGGACAUACUUUCGUCUCCACAUUUAAAAGCCUUCACAUUAGAUGAUCUCAAGAAGGCCACUAGAAAUUUCCGUACUGAUAGUCUAAUUGGAGAAGGGGGAUUUGGUUAUGUCUAUAAGGGGUGGAUUGAUAGUAAACACUUUAAGCCCACAACGCCUGGAACUGGAAUGGUUGUAGCUGUGAAGAAGCUUAAGCCAGAAGGUUUUCAAGGGCAUAAGGAGUGGCUGUCUGAAGUGAAUUAUCUCGGACAACUUCGCCAUCCAAAUCUUGUCAAACUUAUUGGAUACUGCCUAGAAGGAGAUAACCGGCUUCUAGUGUACGAGUACUUGCCCAACAGAUGCUUGGAGAAUCAUCUAUUUCGCAAGGGCAUACAACCACUUCCUUGGGCAACAAGAAUCAAGGUUGCUAUUGGUGCUGCUCGAGGUCUCUCCUUCCUACAUGACUCUAAGCAACAAAUUAUCUACCGUGAUUUCAAGGCUUCUAAUAUUUUAUUAGAUUCGGAAUUUAAUGCAAAACUCUCAGACUUUGGAUUGGCCAAAGCAGGGCCCACUGGUGAUCAUUCUCAUGUUUCCACUCAAGUUCUGGGCACUCACGGCUAUGCUGCUCCUGAAUAUAUUGCUACAGGUCGGUUGACAUCAAGGUGUGAUGUCUAUAGCUUUGGAGUUGUGCUAUUGGAACUACUCUCAGGGCGCCAUGCUGUUGACAAUACAAAAUCUGGAGUGGAACAUAAUCUGGUAGAUUGGGCAAGACCCUUUUUGAGUGAUAGGAGGAAGUUGUUCAGGAUUAUAGACACCAAGUUAGAAGGGCAAUACCCUCAGAAGGCAGCUUAUACAGUUGCAAUUAUUGCUCUACAAUGCAUUAGUGAGGCCAAGAUUAGACCACAGAUGUCUGAGGUUUUGGCUGCCUUGGAACACCUGCCAGCCGUUAGACAUACAACCAACCCAUCUAGAGAAGAGAAGUCCAUUCCCAGUUCCAUGAGAGAGGGUGUUGGUCCUGCUGCAAAACUCCCUUUGAGACAAGCAUAAUCAUCCUCAACAAAAUCCAGAAUUAUAAAGUCCCAAGGGGAACAAUACAGUAUAGGUGUAUUUUCUCUUAAGGUUAGAUCCUCUUUUUAUGGGUUGUGUUAGGUGAUAGCUCCCAUGAGAGAGUUUAGUGGACUGCACUGUCAUUUCAAAGAAAAUAACCUAUACUUAUACUUCCAGAUAUUUUAUUCUUACAGACAUGAUGUCUGUUAGUAAAACUAAAAACUACUUCUACUUACAAAUAUUUGAUGUACUUAAAACUCAAAUACUAGUACUUAUAGAUGUUUAUUAUAGGUAAAAUCUAAAAACUCAUUGUUAUACAACUCACAUUGGAUAGUUUGUCUGUAGGUGAGUAUGAAAUAGUCAUAUACUUAGAAAUUUUCAACUUUUAGUAGCAGUUUUUGUCCAUAACUACAAGUCAAUUUUCUUGUAGUGUGUUACUUUAUCUAUAGGUGCAGAACUUUGAUCAUAGAGUUGCCGUCAGCAUCAAAAUGCUUUGUAUUAUCCAUUGUCCAUCAAAAGGAAUAAUCUAGUUCCUGC